AGGAUAGGUUAGGUUAGUUUAGGCUAGGUUAGGUUAGGUUGGCUGCUGCUACUGCUGACAGCGUCGCAGACGACCUCUUCUCUACUGGUUUUGAUCAGCGUGGACUCGGCUGCGAGAACACACCGAUGGCCGACGGGGAGACGCCCUUGCAUCGCGUUCGUCACCACGUCUGCGGCGCCAACUGGAGGCCGACGCGAUUCGUGGACGAUGUGCCGUACUACCACUCGUGCAGCCUCUGCAAGGUGAUACCGAGGAAGACCGUGCUGCUGCCGUGUUCUCACGUGUUGUGUCAGUCUUGCCACAAAGGGAGUAUUACGGAAGACGAUGGUGGUGCUGGCGUGUGUCCCUUGGACCAGGAACCGUUCGAAGUGCGCCAGUGCGCCAGGAUUAGGCUUUCCGCCAUGAAAGUGAAUAGCCUCAAAGCCUACUGCUGGAACCAAGAGAACGGUUGCGACUACGUGGGCACUCUGCAAGAAGUCCUCGCACACUGCGAAGAGGAGUGCACCUUUCACGCCGUCGCGUGCCCCCGGUGCAGAGAGACAGUUCUGCACGCUGACCUGCCGGCACACUACGUGGCUGGUUGCGGCGGAGGCAGCGAAACAUCGGCCGAAACAGAAGAGUCGUCCGAACAGGACGGCGAACCCACAUCCAACGAUGAAGGCUUUAGUAUGGAAGAUCUGAGGGCGUUCCUUACUGAACUUGAGGUACUCGACACGGAUUCGCCCGAACAGGAUUAGAGCGUCCGUACUUUGACCAAACCUAUGUACUUUUCCAACGGAGGCUCCCUGCGUACAGCCAUAAUCCCCUUCUGUGUUGUUGCGCUGCGAAGGCUGCGACGUCAGUGUGCGUAAGCCUUUGUGCAACGCUCCGACGUCCUUUGUGCAACAUCUUUUGUGUAACAGCCUUUGUGCAACAGCCUUUGUGCAGCCGUGCAACAGUCCAGAAAGGAUGUGUUCCCUCUUUCCAUUCAAAAGGCCUAAAGAAGGGUUCGUGACAGCACAAUAAGUGCUUGGCGCCCCCUAUGUGAUACAUUUGUGAUGAACCAGAGAUAUAUCCUCGGCGACUGCUUCUUUUUUGUUUCGAUGUGUCUUUAAGAAGACACUCGUCACGGACAAUAGCGGUAUUUGUUAUUUAAGAAAGUGCGUAAAGCCGUUUGCAUGAGCAGACGGUUUUGUUUUU